UUCUGACACCGGGCUCGGUGUAUGGCUGGAGAUCCCCAGUGUCUCCGUUCUGCCUCUGACUCCAGCUGGGACAGCUCGCCCAAAAGCAAGAUCCCCCAGGACCCACCAUGCCCGGAGUUGCAGAUGAGAAUCCCUCCAGAACCUCGUACCAUGGCAUGUUCCGGAUGCAUCUAGACUCACCCAACCACAGUGGGUGUGAAAACCAGGCUUUUCCAAAGCAGACAGUUAGCACUCUAAGGAGCCGGGGGCACGGACGCUGGCAAGGGGUCUGAGAACCAGGUCCCACCCUUGCAGCCCAGUAACCGGAGCUCAGGCUGAUCCGCCCUUUGCCUCUUCGAUUCUAGAAGAGUAUCAGACGAUGAAUCUGGCAAUCCAGAGAGAGACCGGCGCUCUUCUCCCCUACCCUGGACAGCCCAUUCCACAAGAACUGAUCUGCAAGUGGACUGACAGCAAAGGACACCACUCCAGGCAGGCUUGCUCAAGAGUAUUCAGCACCAUGUAUGAGUUAGUUCACCAUGUCACCAUGGAGCACGUCGGAGGACCAGAGCAGACCAACCAUAUUUGUGACUGGGGGGGCUGCGCUAGGGAGAAAAAACCCUUUAAAGCCAAAUACAAACUCAUAAACCACAUCAGAGUGCACACAGGCGAAAGGCCAUUUCUAUGCCCGUUUCCGGGGUGUGAGAAAGUGUUUGCAAGAGCUGAAAACCGGAAGAUACAUAAAAGAAUCCACACAGGAGAGAAGCCGUUCGUGUGUGAAUUCGCGGGGUGUGACAGGAGGUUUGCCAACAGCAGUGACAGGAAGAAGCACACUCACGUGCACUCGAGAGACAAGCCGUAUCGCUGCAAAGUCAAAGGUUGCGAGAAAUCCUACACCCACCCCAGCUCCCUGCGCAAACACCUGAAAACGCACCGCAGCCUCGAGCCAGCCGCCACCACCAAGCCCCGGGCGGCCGGAGAGCCCCCGAGGGCGCAGGAGCCGGGGGCUGGCGCCUGCCAAUCACUGGCCAGCCCUGCCGCUUGUCUAACCAGGUGUGGCCCCUCCAGGUGCCAGGGGAGAGAGAGGGACGCCCCGGGGACGGAAAGAGGGGGCGCCUCCCAGGCAACCUCCCGCAGUGGGCGUGAGGCCAGACGGACCCCUCGGCCGGCUCGCCCCCAGCUCUGGCGCAAGGUGCCCUCCGAGGGCUCCCGCGGGUCCCCCAGCCCACUCACACUCCGGGCCGGGCUGGGAAAGGACUGGGAGCCAGGGCACAGCAGGGCACGGGCGCUGCCCACAGCAGGCCCGAAAGAAACGCUCCCCCUUCCAGGAAAGGGCUCAGUGAGCUCUGACGGGUCACUUCCCCGGGGCCAAAGGGAGCCCUCUCCCCCCUGCCCGCGCCAGGCUUGGAAUCACGGACCCCCUAGCCGGAGCCGGGGGCUGGGGAGCUGCAGCUCCCUCUGGGAACUGGACCGUCCAUGUCUAGCGGGUGAGAAUCGCCUGCAACCUCCUUCGGACCUGGGGUUAGCAGCAUCCAAUGGCCAAAAGGGCUCCUAGGAAUCCAAGCCAAGGGCAGCCCAUGGCCCUACAGGCUCGGCAACAACUGGAAAUACAGUGUUCAUCAGCGUCAAGAACCCGAACCUGGCUCUUUCCCCCCGAUGGCACGUGCUGCGCCAAAGGCCCGUCUCUCUCGCUCACACUCACACACACGUGUUACUCAGUACGUGUGUGUUCUGUGCUUACAGGCACUCAGCUAAACCUGGGUCCUGUCCGCCCGCCAGGAAACUAGCCCGCACCGAUUUCAAUCAUCCGUGUGCCAAAUGGUUUCUUUCUGUGGAGAACAUGUCUUCUUGGCUCUCACUGGCACGUGUUGGGCGAAUGAGGUUUAGCCUGUCACAGUUACAUUUGCAGUCUUUAGAGACGUUGCAAAAAUAGGGUUGUAACCCUGUGA